AUGGUCGCUAAGGAAUUCCUCGACUCGGAUAGAGUCAACUUUCUUGUUUGGAGAUUUCUUCUUGAAGGCAAUUAUCGAGAGACUGCUGCCAAAUUUCAAAAGGAGUGGCACGUCAAGCAACCUCACAGGGAAUUCGCCUUUGCGCCUCACGUCAAGAGCCAUGCAUUGGUUUCGGUGAUUAAUCGUGGCCUUGUUUACCACGCGCUUGAGCGUGAGCAUUUACGAAAACUGCUGCCUCAGGAUGCAGCUGCGGAUGCAGCCGACUCGCUGCAGAUGGGCAUUUUUGGACCUCUGGACGCGCACCCACAAGGAAGAAUUGACGCAGAUGAAGAGGAAGAUGCGGAAGGAGAAGACAUCAUUGAAGAGGAGGUUUCGAGGAAACGUGCCCCUCAGCAAUUAUCGAAUGUGUCGCCAGCAAAACGACAACGGUUAAGCAAUGGAUUGGAGAAUGGCGCCGACGCACCGGCCACAGCAACGGUGCCAGCAUCAGUACCAACGGCAACAACAGCAACAGCAACAGGGAUGGAUGCUACCAUAGCAGCGCCGGCGCCAGUAACGACACCUAUGGAAAUUGACAAUCACCCUGAUAACCAUGCAUAUCCUUCACCUCUCGAGGGUGAGCAAGCGUCAGAGCCAAUGGUGCGGACUGACGGCCCUGAACAGGGUACCCAGGUAGACAAGGUCGAGGAGCUGGCUCCAGAGACGACCUUUAUCCGCUUGGUAUAUGACGGCCAGAAUCAAAUUCAGGGAGACCGAGGCGCUACGCCAUCACCUUCCUCGCCCUCUGGGCAAGAUAAUGCUCCCAUCCUUUUGCGAUGCGAGUGGAACCCAAGAGAUCCGUCCAUCCUCGCGGCUGGUGGCACCGAUGCGCUAGCCCGUGUUUGGACAGUCCCUCGCGCGGGCCCCUUUGAGCCGGGACAAGAUCACGUGUCACCGCAAGGUCACUCCCUUAUCGAUCGUGAUGUGCCCCGCGAUACCAUAACGACGGCCAUGUCGUGGACCAGCGAUGGCGCUGCAAUUGCAGUAGCCACAGACUCGAGGAACCAUGCCUCGAUCAAUGUGUGGUCCGCUGAAGGCGCACAUUUACAGUCGAUGGAAUUAUCAGAGCCUCCAAUCAUCAAGAUGCUAUGGAACCCUAACAACACAGCUCUACUAGCCAUUUCCCCGGACAAGGGUGGUACUCUUGUUACCGUUCACUACCCGCCCGCCGGAAACUCUCUGUCGUAUGUCCUCCCGGACCACAAUAUUGAUGCUACACCUUUCGAUGCCGCCUGGACUGGGGAAGCGGAAUUCUUGCUGUGUGGUGGCGACCUAAUGCUAUGCCUCCAAUGCACAGAAACAACGAUAGUGCAGGCCAGAAAAUUUGAGACCAAGGACGACGAUCUAUUUUCUCAGGUUCUUUUCGACGGACGCUCGCGACUGGCCGCUACGUCCAGCGACAAGGGUACACUUGAUUUGUGGGAUGAGAGUGGUCAUCGAAGGUCCAUCUCUGCGCACCAAGGCACCAUCACUGCGAUGCAAUGGCAGCCUCUGCCCGAAAACCAACCUGGACCUGAUGACGAGCGUUUAAUUGCGACUGGAGGAGACGACUGUGCGAUCCUUAUCUGGAAUGCUCGAAUGCCCGAAAGCAAACCCAAGUGCUUCUUGACCAUGGAUUCACCAAUUAUGAGGCUCGCUUUCACGCCUGACGGUGCAUUUAUCGCGGGCGCGACAUCAACUCAGAUUUUGAUUUGGAAAGUUGGAAGUUACGCUGUGCCCCGAGCCAGCUGGAGUCGACCGGUGCAUCCAGGGUGGCUCAGCCCCAAGGCCAGUGCCGAGACGGACGAGGAAGAUGAGCACUGCUUGUGCUGGGAUGCUGAAGGCCAUAAAUUGGCCUAUGGCUCCAAUAGUAGGCUUGCCAUCAUCAACUUCCGAAGAUGA